AUGGUUGCUGUUGGGAAGCUAGUCUGGCAAAUAGCUCAAAAGAAGGAUGUUAUAUGGAUCAAAUGGAUUCAUAGUGUCUAUAUCAGGGAACAAACAUGUUGGGAGUACAAAGCCCCACCAAAUGCGAGUUGGAUCUGGAAAGGAGUGUGCAAAGCUAAUGAGGUGUUUAAAGCUGGUUACAACAACAACAUAUGGAGCACAGGCACUAAGAAGUACACUGCUAAGGAAGGUUAUAAAUGGCUGAAAGGUCAAUAUGAGACUGUUGGUUGGCAUCAUUGGGUUUGGAAUGGUCUUAAUGUUCCAAAACAUGCCUUUAUAAGCUGGCUUGUUGCAUUGGGAAAAGUUAAGACAAGAGAUAGGCCGAAGGCUGCUGGAGUCUGUAAUGAUGUGGCAUGCUUAUUGUGUAACAGUGGAACUGAUAAAUGUCUGCAUCUUUUUUUUAGGUGCCAUUUUAGUAGGAUAGUGUGUGUAAAUUUUAUGAGUUGGUUGCAGAUCAAAGUGGAGAAUGAUGAGUGUUUAUGUACUGCAUGGGAAAAGUGGGGAAGGAGAUACAGAAGUAGGAAACAUCAGCAGAUUUGCUACAGUGCCCAUGCAGCUACUGUUUACCAUAUACGGAGAGCAAGGAAUCACUCCCUGUGGGAGAAUGCAGUUCUUCAACCUGAUAGAGUGGUGCAAUGCAUAAAACAAGAGGUUGUUGGUAGAGUCAAAAUGCAGAUGAAAGAGUCUUGUCCUGAAGUUGUGAGAAAUUGGGUAACUGUAAUCAGUAGCUAA